CGCGGGGAGGAAGGAUGAGAACUGGAGCCUCCGCCGCCGGCCGGGCGCCCUGGGCCUGCCCCGGAACUUGGCCCGUACCCCUCCUCGCGCUCCGCGUCCCUCGUGUCCCCAACGUCCCGCGGGCAAUGGUAGUCGACUGCCUGCAGGGACCACGCGUCUGAGACCAGCGAUCGCGCUGCCGAGACCAUGGGCAGCAAUAGGGGCCGCAAGGCCGGAGGGAGCUCGAAGGACUUCGGCGCGGGACUCAAGUACAGCUCCCGGCAAGAGAACAUGAACGGCUUUGAGGAGGGUGUGGAGUUCCUGCCUGUGAACAAUGCCAAGAAAAUGGAGAAGCGAGGUCCCCGGCGCUGUGUGGUGCUGGUGGCCCUGCUGGUCAGUUUCCUCUUGCUCUCACUCGUCGCUGGCUUGCUGGUGUGGCACUUCCACUACUCAAAUGUUCGGGUCCAAAAGGUCUUCAAUGGCCAUCUGAGGGUCACAAAUGAGAACUUUCUGGAUGCCUAUGAGAACUCAAACUCCACGGAGUUCAUAAGCCUGGCCAACCAGGUGAAGGAAGCGCUGAAGCUGCUGUACAGUGAAGUUCCUGUCCUGGGGCCCUACCACAAGCGGUCGGCUGUAACUGCAUUCAGUGAGGGCAGUGUCAUCGCCUACUACUGGUCAGAGUUCAGCAUCCCCCCGCACCUGGCGGAAGAGGUCGAUCGAGCCAUGGCUGUGGAGCGAGUGGUCACAUUGCCACCUCGAGCACGGGCACUGAAAUCCUUUGUGCUGACCUCUGUGGUGGCCUUCCCCACUGACCCCAGACUGUUGGGGAGGACGCAGGACAACAGCUGCAAUUUUGCCCUGCAUGCCCAUGGCGCGGAGGUGAUGCGCUUCACCACCCCUGGCUUCCCUAACAGCCCCUACCCAGCUCAUGCCCGAUGCCAGUGGGUCCUGCGGGGGGAUGCCAACUCUGUGCUGAGCCUCACCUUCCGCAGCUUCGAUGUCGCUCCCUGCGAUGAGCUUGGCAGUGACCUGGUCACCGUAUAUGAUACUCUGAGCCCCAUAGAGCCUCAUGCUGUGGUGCGGCUGUGUGGCACCUACCCUCCCUCCUACAACCUGACUUUCCUCUCCUCCCAGAAUGUCUUCCUUGUCACACUGAUAACCAACACUGAUCGACGACAUCCUGGUUUUGAGGCCACUUUCUUCCAGCUGCCCAAGAUGAGCAGCUGUGGAGGCUCCUUGAGUGAAGCCCAAGGGAUAUUUACCAGCCCCUACUAUCCAGGCCACUAUCCACCCAACAUUGACUGCACAUGGAAUAUCAAGGUGCCUAACAACAGGAAUGUGAAGGUACGCUUCAAACUCUUCUAUCUGGUAGACCCCAACAUACCACUGGGCACCUGCCCCAAGGACUACGUAGAGAUCAAUGGGGAGAGGUACUGUGGUGAGAGAUCCCAGUUUGUUGUCAGCAGUAACAGCAGCAAGAUCACUGUUCGCUUUCAUUCUGAUCACUCCUACACAGACACCGGCUUCCUCGCUGAGUACCUGUCCUAUGACUCCAAUGACCCAUGCCCAGGGAUGUUCAUGUGCAGCACUGGACGGUGCAUCCGUAAGGACUUGCGCUGCGACGGCUGGGCAGACUGCCCAGACUACAGUGAUGAGCGCUUUUGCCGAUGCAACUCCACCCACCAGUUCACGUGCAAGAACAAGCUCUGCAAGCCUCUCUUCUGGCUCUGUGACAGUGUCAAUGACUGCGGGGACGGCAGCGAUGAGGAGGGAUGCAGUUGUCCUGCUGAGACUUUCAAGUGUUCCAAUGGGAAGUGUCUUCCUAAGAGCCAGAAGUGUGAUGGGAAGGACAACUGUGGCGAUGGGUCUGAUGAGGCCUCGUGUGACAGUGUGAGUGUCGUCUCUUGCACCAAAUAUACCUACCGCUGCCACAAUGGGCUCUGUCUGAGCAAGGGCAACCCUGAGUGUGAUGGGAAGAGGGACUGUAGUGAUGGCUCGGAUGAGAAGAACUGUGACUGUGGGCUGCGAUCAUUUACCAAACAGGCUCGGGUGGUUGGUGGCACAAAUGCAGACGAGGGCGAGUGGCCCUGGCAGGUGAGCCUCCACGCCCUGGGCCAGGGCCACUUGUGUGGGGCCUCGCUCAUCUCUCCCAACUGGCUGGUCUCUGCAGCUCAUUGCUUUAUGGAUGACAGAAAUUUCAAGUACUCAGACCACACGAAGUGGACGGCCUUCCUGGGUCUGCUAGACCAGAGCAAGCGCAGCUCCACUGGGGUGCAGGAGCACAAGCUCAAACGCAUCAUCACCCACCCUUUGUUCAAUGAGAUAACCUUCGACUAUGACAUUGCCUUGUUGGAGCUUGAGAAGCCAGCAGAUUACAGCACUGUUGUGCGACCUAUCUGCCUGCCUGAUACUACACAUGUCUUCCCUGCUGGCAAAGCCAUCUGGGUCACAGGCUGGGGUCACACCCAAGAAGGAGGCACCGGAGCACUGAUCCUACAGAAGGGUGAGAUCCGUGUCAUCAACCAGACCACCUGUGAGGACCUCAUGCCACAGCAGAUCACCCCACGGAUGAUGUGUGUGGGUUUCCUCAGUGGGGGUGUGGACUCCUGCCAGGGUGACUCUGGUGGCCCGUUGUCCAGUGUAGAGACAGAUGGGCGAAUCUUCCAGGCUGGUGUAGUGAGUUGGGGUGAAGGCUGCGCUCAGAGGAACAAGCCAGGCGUGUACACGAGGCUCCCUGCAGUUCGGGACUGGAUCAAAGAGCAGACUGGGGUAUAGAAGCAUGGAUGGCCUGCCAUGGACACCCACAGGGAUGCUCCCACAUGCGCACCUGGAGACAGGCCAGGACCAUUGAGGCCUUUUAUACUGUGCCCUCUUCCUCACAAUCCAGACUGUGAACUGCAUUCCCAGGACUCAGGGUUCGUCCCUUGGCUUCCAAAGUGGGGCCAGGAGUUGGGCAGAGAACUUCAGUGCCAUUGGCCCAGGCUUGGGGGCAAGGAUUUGAUGACAGCCUUCUGCUCUGGUCCUGAACUGGGUGAAGAUGACCCUUUUCUGGAGACCCGCUUCCUGACUCUAAGAGGCAACCAUCACUGAGCUCCUGGGAGCCCUGUGGGUGGAGGGGCUGGAGUCCCCUAGGGUCACUGUCUUCAGGGAACCCUGACCCCAGGGACCCUGGAAAACAGUGGCACCUAAGAUUGAAAUUAUCCUGCUCACUCCAAGGGGAGGGUAUUUGUGAGUAAAACAUUUUAUUUCUUUUUA